AUGUCGUCGAUUGAUUCACACUCUCCUUCAGCCGCCAAGGCUGAGCCCGAAACCGAUGUUAGGGCCCAUACGUCAGAAGACACUCUCAGCGAGCAAGUCGCCAUCCUGGGCAAGAAGAGUCCUGGUGUUGCGCGCAUCGAGGCAAUCAAUGCCCACCUCACUUCCUUCGACCGCUGGUUCCUCGGUAUCGGCGUCUUCUUGAUUGCAUACGCCUACGGCCUCGACGGAACAGUCAGGUACACGUACCAGAGCACUGCCUUGUCCUCAAUCGGUGAGCACUCUUUGCUCUCGACUGUCAACAUUGUUCGCACCGUCAUUGCUGCUGCCGCUCAGCCCACAGCUGCAAAGAUUGCCGACGUCUUUGGUCGUGUCGAACUCGUCUACCUGUCCGUCUUCUUCUACCUCCUCGGUACCGUCAUCGAGGCUGCUGCCCACAAUGUCAGCGCCUUUGCAGCUGGUGCCAUCUUCUACCAAAUCGGUUACACAAUCGUCACCCUUCUGGUCGAAAUCAUCGUUGGAGACAUCUCUUCUUUGAAGGGAAGACUGGCUUGGUCUUACAUUCCUGCCUUGCCCUUCCUGAUCAACACUUGGGUCUCUGGAGAUGUCGCAUCUGCUGUAUUGUUGAACACCACCUGGCGUUGGGGUAUUGGCAUGUGGGCCAUCAUCUACCCUAUCUGCGCACUGCCUCUGAUUGUCGCUCUUUUCAUUGCAUCCAGCCGCGCAAAGAAGGCUGGUGCUCUAGCCAACUACCAGUCUGCAUUCCAGCGCAACGGUGCGAGCAACACUCUUGUCGCCCUCUUCUGGCAACUCGAUGUUCCUGGCAUCGUUUUGAUGAUUGCCAUGUUUGCGUUGAUUCUGGUGCCCUUUACCAUCGCUGGAGGUGUGUCAGAGACAUGGGGUACAGCCCAUGUCAUUGCUCCUCUUGUUAUUGGUAUCUGCCUCAUCCCCGUCUUCGUCCUCUACGAACGCCGCGCUCCUCACCCUCUGGUACCGUUCCAUCUCCUGAAGGACCGCAGUGUCUGGGCUGCUCUCGGCGUUGCCUGCUCGCUCAACACCAUUUGGUAUAUGCAAGGAGGUUACCUUUACACUGUUGUUGUCGUUGCCUUCGACCAGAGUGUUAAGUCGGCCACUCGCAUUACUUCGCUCUACAGUUUCGUCUCGGUCCUGACUGGUGUGUCUCUUGGCCUUCUUGUCCGCUUUGUUAGACAGAUCAGACACCUCAAGCCCUUCAUUGUAUUUGGCACUCUGAUGUUCAUGGUUGCAUUCGGUAUCUUGCUUCGCUUUAGAGGUGGACUUACCCAAAGCUCUUACGCUGGAAUCAUCGCCGGAGAGGUCAUUUUGGGCUUCGCUGGUGGUCUUUUCCCUUACCCGGUCCAGACUCUGAUCCAAGCAGCUACCCAGCACGAGCAUCUGGCUUUGGUCACUGGUCUGUACCUCGCGCUUUACAAUAUUGGCUCAGCUUUGGGCUCAACCAUCUCCGGAGCCUUGUGGACUCAGAUCCUUCCUGGAGAGCUUGAGCGUAACUUGGCUGCAGUCACCAACAACGCCACUGUUGCAACCUACGCUUACAGCAACCCCCUGUUCUUCAUCCUCGACUACCCUGUCGGCACUCCCGAGCGUGAUGCCGUCAUCGUCUCAUACAGACACAUCCAACGCAUGCUGUGCAUCACUGGCAUUUGCCUCUGCAUUCCGUUGAUCGCUUUCUCGUUGUGCCUGCGCAACCCUCGUCUUGGCAAGGAACAGUCUCUGCCUGAUGCUGAGAAGAACGUUUCUGAAACAUCCAGCGAGGUCGGUGCUGACUCCACCCCCAAGAAGGGUGGCUUCCUCAGAAAGCUGUUCUAA